AUGAAUCGUGCUGGAAGUACACCGGAACCUGCCCCAUGGCUGACGGGUCUGCAGCAUACGGCUCUGCCAUCCUUGUCCCCAACCGCAACUUACCCAAGACCACCCACUGUCUUUGUACAGAAAGCACAAAGCAAAACCCAAGUCACCACGGCAGGUUCGAGUGAAGAUGGUGUCAAUGCAAUGAUGGGUGCUGUGGAAGAAGGGCGGCUAAACCAAGGCUUUUUCGGAAGCUCCAGCGCUGCUGGCUUUAUAAAGCAGAUCAAAACUGCCGUCGAUCAGAGAAUGUUAUCACCGAAUAUACAUUCAUCUGCUCCGGAAACAACUCUUCGCUCGAGUUUCUUGUCUGUGCCCAACGAAAAAUGUCUCUCAGAGGUUUCGAACUGUGUCUUUCCCCCGCGAAGGAUUGCUGACAAUUUGAUGAAUGUGUACUGGGACUAUGUUUUCCCUUUGUAUCCCUUUGUGGAUAGUGCUCAUAUGAAAGAAGAGUACGGAAAGAUCUGGCACGGAGAUACUUUGCAACGGGACGAACACAUGGCCAUGUGUACUUUCAAUGUCGUCUUCGCUCUUGCCUGUCAAUUGGCCGACUUUAUUCAACCUGAAGAACGAGAAUCUUGGGCCGAUGCAUAUUUCUCUCGCGCCAAGGAUCUUUUCCAGUUCAGUUUGUGGGACACGGGCUCUGCAGGGUUGAUACAAUGCCUGCUCCUAAUGGCACAGUACCUACAGAGUACAAACUCGGCGCAUCAAUGUUGGAUUGUGACCGGGCUGGCUAUUCGGAAUGCGCAAAGCCUAGGUCUGCACCUUCCUCAGACCAUUGCACAUCUACACAGCUUUCAGGACAAGCAACUAGCACGAAAGCUAUGGCAUGGAUGUGUUUUGAUGGAUCGCGUGAUAUCAAUGACAUUUGGCCGACCGGCAAUGGUAUCGAGAGUUUCCAGUGGAGCAGUCCCUUUGCCAGUGAAAGUGGAUGAUGAAUUCAUCAUCCCUAACAGUAUUGCGGAACCCUCUCAACCGGUGGAAAGGCCAUCUAUGAUGACCUUCUAUAUCAAAACUCUUGAGUUGUACGAGACUAUGAACGAUGUUCUUCUCAGUCUAUACAAACCAGCAGCAGAAGAUAGCCCAAACGAUAUUCAUGGAUUUUAUUUCAACACUACUGUCAGCGAGAUUGAGCGCACCAUCUUCGAUCUUGAUUGCUCCCUGGAUCGAUGGGCUCGAAACCUCCCGGCACAUCUUUGUGCGGGAUCGUCGAGUAGAUCUGACAGUCCAAUAUUCUUUCGACAAAGUGUCGUUUUACAAGCAAGAUUUCUCCAUGUACGAAUCUUGCUCUUUCGUCCCACGCUUUCCAAAUUUUGCGCCCUUCGUGACAACGCGGGAAUUCAUUCGUUAACUACCCGACACGACUCAUUUCCGCAUCGUGUUGCUUUACAAUGCUCCAUUAUCUGCGAAUCGAUCAAACUCAUUCAUGAUAACGUGCCUAUCGAUGGAACCGGAGGUCCGCUGCCAGCGUGGUGGUAUAAUAUUCUUUAUAUAUACACUGCUGCGACCGUUCUGAUUGCUGGUCGCUUAUGCUCGGCUAUAGUCUCCGAGGUCACGGAGGCUUCUAUUACACACUCAUGGGAAUGUGCUCUAGAAAUUCUCCGCAAAUACCAAAAAUAUAGCACGUCAGCUCGGCGCUGCGUAGCGGCCCUCGAAAUACUUUAUGAGAAGGUCGUUUCUGAUGGUCAGCCGCUUGCAGAUCAUGACUCCGCCCAGGGGUUCACGGCUCAUGUUCCAAGUACUCUCAACGAUUAUUCUUUUGGAGAAGGAGUGAACGCGACAAUGAUGGAGGGAUUUGAGCUGCUUGAUUUUCAAGAUAUGUCCUGGCUCAACAGUGUCCCAAGCAACCUUAUUUAG